AUGUCAUUGGAUAAACUGCUCAACUGGAAGGUAGUAGCUACUGAAACAUGCCUUCUUUGUGGGUUAUCUGGUGAAUCUGUGGAACACAUGUUCUUUCAAUGCCAUGUAUCUGCACAACUAUGGCAUAAAGUCUUAAAUUUCCUGCACUUUGAUAGAGAAGCUACUGGGUUUACUGCUAAACUGACUUGGAUGAUUAAAAGUAGUAAAAGGGGAGUUGGAAGGCACAAGCUGUUGAUCAUGUUCUUUGCUGAAAGCAUUUAUUCUUUGUGGCUAAAUAGGGAUGAUAAGUUGUUUAAUCAUCAUUGUAAAGCCCCUGAUCUGUUUAGGGAAACUCUUUUUAGAGCUGUAGCUAGAGCUUCUAAUGAGCUUAGUAAUAUGUUGAUUGAUUGA